AAACAAACCCAGACAUACCAAUCACUCAUCAGAGGGCUUGCGAUUCAUAUCAGCUGAGAGAGCUGUCUUUCAAAAAUCUCAGUUUACUGCCGAAUUGAAGAACGAAUGUGAAGGACGUUUCCCUCAGUUUCACGAGUCUAAGAAGUUGGAAAGCACCCCUGCCAUUUCACCACAAGCGUGCAUGAAAGCCUGAAAAAGCUUUCCAUAGCUUCUCUGCAUGGCUAUGCAGCACAGUGGUGUGAUUUCACACGCCAUUCUUGCCACCAAAUGAUGGUCAAAGUUCAUUUAAUAUAUAAACAUGAUACCUGAGAUGUCUAUUCCUGAUCAAUCUUUUUUAUAAAACAAGCAAACAUUUCAGUCAUAAUACUUGAUAACAAUUUUUUCCAUCAUUGAAUAAUUGAUAUCAGUGCUUCGUGGUCGAUUCAGACCAAAAUAUAUAUUACCAAAGUUUAUGAAGAAAUGCUAGUUAUUGUUUAUUCUCCAAUCUGAUAGGCUGGAUAUCGACAUAAGCCCCUCCCCUUUGGCCAUUAUCGAUGUGAAUAGACUUGAAGUGAACACAUCACAGUGUGAAAACUUGUUAUAAGCAGUUGCAUUUUGUUUGAAAGGAAAUUAUUGUGGUGCAUUUUAAGAAUACCAUGGCUAAAAUAUGAACCUGUAAAGGAAGAGAAUACCAUGUCCAUCGAUAAAACUGAAGAAAAUCAUUCACUUAUUUUGGGUGCUGAGUCAGGGAAACGAAAGCAAGGGAACUUUUGUGUACCAAAUAUAUUGUAAAGAUAAUUCUAUACGACAUCGUUAUUUUAAAGCGAUAUUUUGUACGAAGUAAUACGGUAUAAUACCAUGGAUGUACGAAAGUUCUUUGUUUUACUGAGUCUUGAUGCUGUUUUGGUUAUAUUUUUUUAUGCUCAUUCAAGCGAAGGGUUUUUAUGGUGGGGUUCGGAAGACAAGAAAGUAGAUGGAAAGUGGAGCGCGUGGUCUUCGUACAGUUCUUGCCAGAUUCCAUCGUCAAAAGACUCGUAUCCUUAUCGCUUUAAACAAAGAAGUUGUACAAACCCGGCUCCGAAAAACGGUGGGAAGUCAUGUACUGGUCAGUCACGGCGUAAUGCUCCGUGUUCCGACUGUGAUACACCGCUUGGAAUGGAAAAUAAUAGGAUAGACGACUCACAAGUGACAGCGUCUACGUUCCAUGAAGAAUUUCCUCCCCACGAAGCCCGGUUAAAUGGCCCUUCUGCUUGGUGUGCGGGGGAUCUUAGUGGAGAGGUUUACCUUCAGGUAGAUUUGCAAAGAUUGUCUUUAAUAACUGCUGUUGCGACACAGGGAUUUUACCCCGAUCCAAAAAAGAUCAGUUUACGUCUAGGAAGUGUCAGCAAGUAUCGAAUAACUUUUAGUGAUGAUGGCACCCUCUGGGAAGUACAUCAAAACCGAGAUGGGAAUCAUUCCGUCUUUAACGGGAAUAAAAGAAAUUCAAAAACUGUUUUGAAUAUUUUUGAACCGAACAUCGCAGCGAGAUAUGUGAGAAUUGUCCCAACAGCACGAUUAAAUUUUGCAUGCAUGAAGCUUGAACUCUAUGGGUGUAAGUUCAAGUGUGGAGGGUAUCUUCCUCAAUCUCCUGGGGACCUUCUUGCUGCAAGUUUAGAAACUGAAAACAUCGACUGCUUUUGGCAAGUCCAUUUACCUAAAUCUACAAAGAUAAAUUUUGAUUUUAUUAACUUUGACUUGCCCUGCAGCAUUGGCCAAGUAGAGAUACGAGGAAGUGGCUCGUCAUAUGGAAGGUCUCAGCUAUUGGGACAUUUAUGUGAUCAUACCUCUGCACCUCCGCCAGUCGUAUCCAAUGGGAACAAAAUGUGGAUUCGCUUCCAGUCCAAUUCCUCAGAUCCCUUGAUUGGAAUUUAUGGAACAUAUUUUCCAAAUUGUGACUAUCAGUAUAAUUCCAGUGAGGGUGCACUAAUGACUCCAAAUUUUCCAAAGAAUUACAACCACAAUUCAUUGUGCAAAUGGUUGAUUUCUGUGCCUAAGGGGAAAGCUAUCAAGCUUACAUUCUUUGAUUUUGAGGUUGAGGGUGACCAAGAUAAUGGACCAAAAUGUUUGAAUGACUAUGUCAUUGUUAUGGAAGGGAAUGCAUCAAGAACUGAAAUUGGACGCUUUUGCAACACGAAUAAACCUCCCAAACAUCUCUGUAGUUACAGUAACAGAAUUGAAAUUCAGUUCAAGUCAGAUGACAUUCUAUCAUUCAAAGGGUUCAAUGCUCUUUACAAAGCUAAAGAACCUAAUGCUCCUUGUGUGGAACCUUCAUCUACUAUGAUAACACCAAGUCCAACAAUCUCCAUUUAUUCAUCUACUAUUGCAUCGCUAAACUAUUCAUCAUCAGCAAUCUUGAGGAUCAUUCCUACUGCUACAAUAGCUAUUUCAUCAACUGUCAAUAGUAACUCAUCCAUUGGGAUCCCUGGAACAAGACCUGGGCCCUCCAAUGUCAUGGGUCAGGGGAAAAAAGAUGGGGAUGAUGAUAACGAUGACAAUGGUUUAACAACUAUCAUUAUUAUAUCAGUUUUCAGUUUUAUUGUUUUGCUCAUGAUCAUUGCAAGUGUAAUUCCAAGUAUGAUUCAUGGUUAUGAGAAGAGAAAAAGAGAGCGAGACUGGUUAGCUGCAGCAGAUCCUGCAGAAAAGAAGAAUGGCAUAGGAAAUGGAUAUGAAAUGCAGCCUAUGAAGUCGUCAGUCAAUGUUGAUAAAGAAAAGCCAGAACCAAAUGAAACAACAGCCUUUCUUGAUCCUGAACAUGGUCCACCUGAUAAUGAUAUAACAGAUAAUGCAGUACCUUAUCCAAUUUUAGGCUUAAAAGACAAGGAAGAGAUUGAUGGAUCAGUCACUGAAGAUGUUGGUUGUGAUUUAGAAUAUGAUCCCACAGACUUAAAUCUGAAUGUUUCAUACGAAGAUCUGGGAACCAGCUUUGCCACAGAAAUGACAAUAAUGAUGAACCACAUAAGUCCUGGAAAAGAAAGGUCAGAACCCUAUGAACUCCCAAAAAGUGAGGAUGAUGACAACUCAACAGAUAUAAAGGCCCAUGAGAACAAUACUAUUGAGAAUAAUAAUGAUCAUAAUAACCUAACACCACAAGACCAAAAUUCACAAGAUACUCUGGAGAAUGGAACAAGUGAAGAUUAUAAAGAACCUUCAGAGUUUGCAUGCCCAGAGGACAUCUCUAAACCAGAUGAAAUAAACAGUGCAAAAGUUGUAGCAGGCAUUCAAGAAAAAAAUGACAAACUUCAAAAAGCACUAAAUGAUUUGAAAGCAACGCUGACACAGGUUAAUUCUGACAGUGGAAGCAUUCCAGAGAUUCAGAACCCUGAUACGUGCACUAACAGUACUGUUUCUGUGCGUGGUUCGCAGGAAAUUGAUAACAUGCCACCAGUUGAUAUUAUCAACCCCAUAUGGGAAAGAAACGCCACCAAUGAUCCUGGCAGAAAAAGGCUGCAGGAGGAAUACAAUGAGAACAAACAUGGAACUGAUGAUAGCCUUUCUGUUCCUGGAAACGAUAAGGACUCUGGUCAUUACUCUUCUAAUAAUGAUCAUUCCACCUUGGGGACUGAAACAAUUGUGUAAUAUAUUCACAAGUUCAGACAUUUUUGAGUAAAAUAUAAUAUUAUAGUUAAAUCGGACAAUUCAUUAACUCUUAACUCUGGUCAUUACUCUUCUAAUAAUGAUCAUGCCACAGUUUGGAGACUGAAACAAUUGUCUAAUAUAUUCACAAGCUCAGACAUUUUUGAGUAAAAUAUAAUAUUAUAGUUAAAUUGGACAAUUCAUUAACAAGAAGCAAUCUAAAGAAAAAAUUAGAGAAGCCAAUAAUGCAUCAUUUAAUCUUCCAUCAAACCCAUUUAGAAGAUUUUAAAAAUAUUUUAUUGUAGUCAGGAGCUAAACCCACUUUUAUCGAUGUGUGAGCUGCAAAUACAAAACAAGUAGUGAAAAGAGACUGGUAAGCUAUAAUUUGUAACAAUAAAAGUGGACCCAUUUUUCUCAGUUUUCUUUGUAUUUCAUUUGCGCACAGUUUUCCUUUGAUUUUCGAGAUAUAAAUUUAAAUCAGUUGUUAAUAGCGAGAAAAGUGGGGAUCAGUUCUGGACUAUUUUAUAUUUGGAAUGGCAAGGAUCUGAAGGAAGGGGAAGGUAAUGGGAGGAGACUGAUAAUGAAAAAAAAUGAAAUGAUAAUGCAUUAGCAGUGAACACAACUCAUACAGGGCUUAAAAUAUCAGCCAGACAUUGGACAUUGGUUCGCAAAAGGGCUGCAACGAAGGCUACCAGAUUCGCAGUUGGGCCCUUUUGAAGUCCAUUGAACAUAGUCACUGAACCAUGUUAAACUCUGUAAUUUAUUCAUUCACUUGAUAAUGCAUUGACAAUAAUAACUUUAAAAUGUAGUGCAUUAUUUUAUAAUUAAGAUUUCUAGUAGUUGAAUGUUUUGCUGUUUUUGAUUUCGGCAAAUAAAUAGGAAUUUGUUUUG